AUGGUAUGCCCACUUGGGAGGGGGAAGAUGGCAGCCAUGGUGAGGCUUCUUGGAAAUGGAAAUUACCCUGAAAUAACCGCAGGUUAGAAUGUUGAGAAUCUGAUGAAAUCAAAUUUAUUUGCGACAUGUUACUUGAUCCAAUUUAGCAAACACGAAAACUGGUAUGGUGCCUCCAUAUCUGUGUGACCUCAUUUAAGUGUAAUGUUACUUCUCCGAGGUGAAGGGCUUAGCCUUGAAAUGUGUUCUCUUAUACUCAGGUGUAAGAUUAAUACAGCACAUGGACCUAGCAUCUUUUCACGGCCCUUGAUAUUUUCUUCGUUCUAUUUUUCAUGAUCACCUUAUUAUUCGAUUGAAUACGGUUCUUACGCUCUAUAUGGUUGUCGAAUUGUCUAAGAUAGCCCAUUUUGUAUUUCCUGGAAUCUUAUUUUCUAAAAUUAUGUAGAAAUAUACCGUAACUGGCCGGAUAUGAAUUUUCUUUGGACAAUUACCAAUGAUAAAAAAAUAUUAAAUAAAUGGAGAUGAUGACAUACUUAAUAAAACAUAUUUUUUUAACAAUAUACAGUGCAGCAGGAGUUUCCAGAAAUUCUACGUGGUCAUUUUCGUUGUUGUAAAGGUGCGAGUUAUUCAGAUUGAAACCUGCAUCUAGGGACCAACAUCGAAGAGGAAACCUAUGUCUUCUGAUAAGAGAUCUUUAGAUAAGAGCAGAAUACAAUAUCCUGUUUACGAAAGCAAAUAUCUGAGCUUCUAAAUUUUCUCAUUGUGUAAAGAAUUAUAAGUUGACGUAUCAUUUAAUUGAUACAAUGGCUUAGUGUUGACAACUAUGAAUGCAUCAUGUUUAAACUGUUGCAAAAGACCAUUGCUACAUGCAUUGUUUUUUUGGUUGUAAUGAAUUUUGACAAAGCUAAUAAAGCAAUUUGAAUUCAAGGGACGAUCACAUAUUAAUUACCUUCCAGAAGUAGAUAUCGAAUUGCUCUUAGAUCCUCGUUUCUUUCUAAAUGGAUAAAGCUUUUCUAUCUUUUGAGAUUACAUUGUUCUCGUAUUUAAUAAAUUUGUAUAUUUUAGUUUUUAACAUCCACGGUGAUAUUUAGUAUUCUCACGGUCUUUUUAAUACAUUUUCGCAGAGGAAGCUGGCCAUGAAAAACUCGCUGCUCAAACCAUCCACUGGGAGUUCAAUGAGGCAGACGAGGCAAAUCUUCUUGAGGAAGAAGGCAUGUUUUUUCUCUUUAUUACAGGGAUCUUUUGUGGAACGCCUGAUUAGACAUAAUCCGAGUAAGUGCUUUUCAAAUGUCAUGCCUAAACGUACUUAUAACAUCAUAUGGGUAAGGAGGGAACAAUGCGGGAAGUAAAUAACUGGUGACAGAAAAAAUAGCAUGUAACUAAAUCAAAAUUUAGGUAGUAUUUUUCUGAUGAUAAUAGCAGACAUGUAAGAGAAAAGAGAGGGAAGUGAUGAAUAAUGAAAAUGAAAAAUUAGUUGAGAUAAUUGAAAAUCACUUAGUUGAGUCAGAUAAUAAGUGAUUUCACUGAAAAGCACUAAAUGAAAAUUUUGAUUUAUUUAUAUUAAAUACUUAUCGGAGUUCAUUGAGGAAUUAGGACAUUCCAAGGCUGGCAAUAGCUGAAAUCCUAGGCUGGAAAUAGCUGAAAUCCUAGGCUGGAAAAAGUGGAAAGGACACCAUGUUUUGGGAUGAAAUUUCUGGGAAUUCCUUUCCAAGUUUAGAUGAACUCAGUUGAUAUAUUUUGGACAACGUCUAAAUGGGAUUCCCCUGGGUUUAGUUAAUCAGUUAGGACUGCUUAUGGGUUGUUUAGAGAGGAUUUAACUCAGUUUUGGGCAGGGAAAUGGAUGAAAGGGAUGUAGCUUCGUAGAGUCCUUUAAAUGUGAUCAUAAUUUCUGUUAAGUGCUCAAAGUGGAAUCACCCAACCCCCUAUUUUCCCCAUCGGUGUCAGUUUAAAGUUAAGUCCCACCGUUGUUGGAUUCUGUUAGAUAGUGAUAAACAGACUUGUUUAGCCUUGGUUUGUAGAGUUUUCAAAAUUGACCUCUCUGGACUUCUGACUAGGAAAAUCAUUGCGCUAUUUAGUUAGAUUUCGUUUUUAAAUAUGAUCAUAAUUUCUGCCUGAUGCUCAGAUAAAAUAUUAAGGCUCGUCAGCUUCAAGUUCCCACAACCCUGACACAAUUCUGUAGCCAACAGAAUAUACUGAUGAUUCGUCACUCCUUGAUUUUCUUCAACCAAAGUCCAUGUGGUACAUCCCCUUGCAUGUUUUUGGCUCGCUUGACGUAUGAUGCCUGAAAUAGUGGUAUUCCAAUGGAGAUGUAAGGGAAAAAGUUGCAUUUUCGACAUGGAAAAGUGAAGAGACCAAUUAUAACAUGAACUGUCUGGUGAAAUUUGUGUACCACCAAUUCACACGGGUAGUUGUUAUCUGUAGUUUCAUAGCCUGAAUUUCUUAAGCUGAGUUCAAGACACAGAUCAAUUAGGUUCGGCAUUGUAUGCCUUGUUCACUGAAUAUGAUACGGUUAGAAGUAAAAUUCUAAAAAUAAUGGCAAUCGUGGCCUCAUGAUAAACUGUAAAAAUAAUGUCACCCAAGGAAAAGCUUUGAUUCCAUCGCAGUCAAGAGGGCGAUUUUUAUACUUUUCCAUUACUCUAAUCUGAUUGGAUUACACAUAGCUUACAAAAAUUGUGCUUACUUUUGAUUAAACAUCGCAUAAAUCUAUUCAAGUCUAAUCCUCUUCUUCUUUAUACUUCUGCUGCUUAUACCAGAGGCAUACUUUGACAUCGUUAUUAGCUUGGGGUGUUAUUGGUUUUUACAUAUGAUUCUUUUUUUUCGUUUUCGUGGGAAAGUUUAUAUGCCCCUAUUUUUCUGUAUUUAUGCACCUUAUCUACUUUCUUUAAUGUAAUAAAAUCUCAUCCACCAUUCUUCUUUACAAGGAAGAAAAUAAUCUCAAUUGAUUUCUUUGUGUAACAUAGUGUGGCAGCUCUAUCUAUUUAUAUUCAAUGCAACAUAGUGUGGUAUUAUCAUUUUCUGUAAAUAUUUAACUACUACUUUUUUCAGAUAUGCACGUCUUUGAUUCUAGGCCACUGGCGGAUCCCUUGGAUCUGGUAAAUCUUAAUCUUGUUACAUGACGGAGUCACAUUUUCUUCUGUUCACCUUUUUUUUGUUGGCGUAUUUGGCAAUCGCAAUGUUUUUAUCUUUCAUUAAUUUUUUAUUGUUAUUUUAAUGGGACUCUAAAGUUUCUACUAAAAGGAGUCAUCGCGAACGUUCUAGGAUAUACUUUAUUUCAUUAUAACGUAAAUUGAUUGCAUAAAUUGUAAUGAACCAUAAGUGAAAGGGCCACAUCUACAAAGAUGAUGAAUAAUAGUUGAGGAAUCUGAAACUGUGACGUGAGGGACGUUUCAAAACUUUAGAUCAAUCAUGUAAGCAUAUUAAUGUGUACUUGCCUUUAGGUUUUUAAAUGCAAAAUCCAUAUUACAGCAACUCCAAAUAGGAAAUUUUAUGUGAGGGACUUAGAAAUAGAAGAUUUUGAAAAUUUCUUCCAAAAGCAUCCAUCAAUGCAAAGCAGUUGGUAUUGUUCUGGCACAUUUAUGCAGGUGUAUACAUAUUGCUUUCUCUUUUUUAGGGACCUGUUCUACAUCUUUGUUGACAUUUGCCACCUUUGCUUGUGCCCCCAAAGGUUGUAGAACCUAAUGUUUGCUGUGACUACUACACUUCAUGAUGAACCAAAUGAAAUAACCUUUUUCAAUCAAGAUUUCAAUGAUGCUGGGUUUUGAAAAAUGUUUGAUUGUUAUGACGACAUAUGACCUCCAUUAGUAGAGGUGAAUAAUGGUGUACCCGGCCUGUUACAAAGAAUGCUCCAUUUAUCCUGUUCGUUGGACAAGCUUGUUACAUAAGUGCAGGAAUAUGGCAUACUAGAAGUGGAUUAUUUAUUUUGGAUCUUUUUUCUGCCAAACUAAUAUGAAAUUCGCUAUUUUUUUUCCUAUCCCAAUGCUAGUGCGGAUAUGCUGGAUUUUAAGAUAGUUGAACCAUACGUGGUUUGAUCCUUCAAAGUCUGUUUAGGGCAGCCAUCUCGAGAUGCUUGAACUGAACUUGGCCAACUUGCCUUUUCGUUUAUUUUUUGUUGUCUAUCCUGGUUGUAGCAUUCUCAAAUGAAUUUCUUUUUUCUUUAGAAUUUCUUACCUUGACACUUUUUCUCUAUAUAAGUUUUCUUCUUAUUCACUUAUUCUAACACGAGUGUCCAUCCAUGCUGAAGGUUUGCUGCAAUGCUUGUAAGAAGCCAGUUAAAGCGAGUCAAUAUGCAGCUCAUGCAGGUUUGACUCUGCAACACCACGCUGCUUCUUCUUUUUUUGGGAGUUUAGUUUGACGUUACAGUCUUAUGUGCUUAAGCAGGUUUUUCAGCGCCACUUAAAAUACUUUUUUGGAUGCAAUAAUUUUUUUCUGUAAAGCAUGGUCUGACUAAGAGUAAUGAAGAAAGUGAAGUUCAUUUUGAAGUCAGAACGUGAAAAUUAUUAAAAAAUCAGUAAAAUAUGCGCCGGACUUUCUCGAAAUAUUUUGGGAAAUCAUGAGUUUACUCGAGAUGUUGCUAGAGAUGUUGAGGGAUAUGGAUGAACCAUGGAAAGGGUAAAGUGCUUACUGGUGCCAUUUCCCUGGUUUGGUAUGGUCAUCAUCAUUGCUGGACAUUAGGCUAACCACCAAACGUACUAGGAUGGCGGAUCUGGGACAACGCCAAAGAAAUUAGCUAAUCUCUUUUUACCGCGGCUCAUUUUCCAGAUUUUUAAAAAUCAUGCCUAAGUUGAUAGUUGACCAUUUCGCCCACCAUCAACAUGCUUUUUAUCCUAAUAGUACGAUACAAACUUAUCUUGAAGUUCAUGGAGUAAAGAAUGUUUGCGUUAAAUCUCGUAGCCCACGUGCUACAGAUAGUGGUCUCCCUAUGUAAAUCCAUUCGGUCUCCAGUAUUGGGCUACAUUUUAAAAUUCGGAAUUCAGUCCAAUCUAUGGAUACACUACCUUUUCUACAUGGUCCAUGGUGUUAUGAAACAUUCAUGAGUAUUACAUGCAGACAGGUUUGUUUAUUUUUACAGGUUAAUCAGUUUGAGAUAUUUUGCUCAAUAAUGUUGAUCAUUUCGUUUCCUGUUCUUUAAUAAUAACUUCCUAGCAAGUACUUUGCUUUUGUUGCUUCGGCUCUAAAAUUAAGACGUCUAAAUUUAUCUAGUUGGCCGAACUAUUCUUUUUCAUCUAACAUUCAUGAUUGCUUUCUUUCAUUCAAGUAUAAUUUUCUCGGGGAUAGCUGUUGCUGAUGAUCCGAUGCAUAAAACACUUUGCAGAACGUUGCAAAUUAAUAACAGCCGCUGAAGACCUGACUGCAGAGCUUGAUGGAGGUAUUAGUCACAAGAAGCCACAAAGAAAAGGGAGAAAAAAGUUUCAAGCAAGUCAUAAUAGUAUCUUUCCUGAUUUGAGAGUAUUUUCCCUUAACUGCAUUUAAGAUUUGAGAUGAAUGCUUUCCUGUGGAAUCAAAAUAGCCUCUACUAAAUUGCAGACUUUUAUGGACGGUUUUUUUCAUUAGACAUAGAUUCGACAUUGAACAAACCCCGAUGAUAACUUCCUUGGCUUUCUUCACUCCAACUGUGAUGGAUGUGAGGUGUACUCAAAAAGGCAUUUUUAACUAGAUGUUAUUAGCUGUUAUUCCCUGCAUUUCAGCAUUAAAAAAUUCCGCCAACAAAUCUGGAUGAAACGAUUUGGCCACGACUGCAUGUUUCGUUUUCAUCUUAACAAUCUUUUAGACCAGGUCUCUAUGGUUGGAGAACAGGAAAAAUCUGAGUCCCUGGAUGGUGACGAGGAAACUAUUUCAGAGUCAAAUGUUCAUGACCGAAAUGGAAUGGUUUCUCCCUUUUCCACAGAUGCAAAAGAUGGUAUGUUCCCUGAUUAUUCUCCCAGUCAUGUUUCGUUUAUUCAGACACACCUGGAGACGGUGACUGAUAAUUAGAUAAGUACAAUUUGAAUCUACUGUUCUUAUCAUCCUCUCAAAAAGUCCAUUGUUGGGGAACCAUUCAUGAUGUAGCAAAAUGAAAGAUAUAUAACUGACUGGUACUAGCCUGAAAAUGAGGUAAACUUUUAAGCAAAUUUUCGCAAGAUUGACUCGAGAGAAACAGUACAUCUUUCCUUUUUGCGCAGUAAAACUCUUCUGCUUAUAAAGCUCAUGAAAUAGAUGCUGGUUAAGCCGAUGCAAGGUAUGGAUUUUGCACAAGAAUAUUGAGGAACAAUUAGUGUCUUUGACAAAUGAAUAAGAGGAUAUGUUGACGUGUAAACCUAUUGGAUAAUAUUGUUCAAUGAUAGAUUAUUUAUUUUCCUAUUGGAUAAUAUUGUUUACUUGCACAGUACAUAUGCCAAAAUGAAUUUUCCUAGAAACUUACUGUGGUUUGCUGUUAAAUCAUGAGACUCUGUUGGACUGGCAACUGAAAAAGUUAGCAGUUGGCUCCUUGGUAGAUCCAACCACCUCAUGUUCUUCAUGUGUAGAUUCUCCUCCCUUUAUUGGCAUGCUCCGGGGUUUAUUUCACCUCAGAGAAAAAUAUAUCUAAUAAAUCUACGAUUUUCUAAUGCACGAUCAAGUUUAAUUAUCUGUCUGGCCGAAUCUUUUGGAGACCUGGCUACUGAAAAUCUUACUCCCUGGGAUAAUACGUCCUCCUUUCUUCUUGAGCGUAAGAUUACAUUACAUGGAUGGCUCCAUGUAUCAGGCCAACAAUUCGUUCCACUGGGCACCAGUUGACUUAUUUUUUUUCUAAUUACGUAAACGUGAUGAACAUGAGUACCUACAAACCCACACCCAUAAGUUUUGUGAAAGGGAAGUCCUAGAUAUAACACUUUACUUGCGCAGCUUGAAUCCAAGUAGUCCAACAUCACUGCAAGUUGCAGCUGGGUUGGUAUUUUCUGGCUCGGUUUAGCAACUUUCUGAGCCCAUUGUCCCAUACUGAGUCACCAAAACCUUGAUCACAAAUCCCCCCUUCUGGCAUCUGCAAGUUGCUGGCUCGCCUAUUGUUUCUCUGUUCUUGGUGAGGUGCCUUUUUUUCUCAGUUUAUAAAAUCAGAUUGAAGGGUCGGUCUCAUGAUCUCGACACUCAUGCCCCCUCCAGAGCAUUUCAUUCAACAUAUGGGUAAUAUAUAUAUAUAUAUAUAUAUGUAUAUAUUUCUUAUUCAUGUGUCAUUUUUCAGGUAGAGUACACAAGCGAUUAAUAGUUGGUAAAAGUGCAGCUAUUGGGCAUCGGAGGGACCAACAGAUCUUGGAGCACAGCGAAUAUCGUCGGCAUCCUCUCAUUGGUCAGCUGCACAGUCUUCUCCCCUGCUCUUACUGAAACUUUUUUUAUACUUUAUCCAGUCAGCCAUAUCGUGUAAUCCCUGCCGAUGAAGUCAAAGUCUACCCUUCUCCCUCCUGAUUCUCCUUGAUGCCUGAUCCCAUCUUCCUUCCCCAGAGGCUCCUAAAAUAGCAAAAUUUGUGAGAGAGUCACCCAUAAGCUACUUUUCUUCUCAUAUAUUCUCCUCAUGCUUGCUGCGUUUACCCAGUUCACCCGGACGUUCCCGCUCCUCUCGCAACCAAGAUGUACCACUUCCAGGGUAAUCGCCGGUUCCGGUCAACCCUUGGUCAACUCUACGUCGAGGCGGUUUGCAGAGAUGAGGGCUGCGAAGUGAGCAGGAAAUCAGUCGAGGACCCCCGUUUGCCGCCCUCAGAAGCCGCAUUAUCCAACAAGUUCUUCCUCGAAACGCCUAAAGAUAAUCCCUUUCAGCCGAAGGUGCGACUUCUCUCUCCUGAAAACUGCUUCCAGUUUUCCUUUUAUAGUAAUCAUCCGCCCUCUUUGUCAACGUUUACCUGCGAUCACGGUGAGUUCAUCCGUUGACCGUGGGGCUAGUAAACAGUGCCUACCUCGCUCUGACCCCACGAGCCUUGUUGAAGAUCGUAUAACGCUCGCUUUCUCUCGUUGCUCGCAGAUGAGACCAACUCGCACGAGCUAGCUGUCCUUCCUGCGCCGGCCCCCCAGUUCCGUGGCUCCACGUCAGCGCGUCUGUAGAGAUCUUGCGGUCUUCCUGGGAAAUUUUAUUCAAUUACAGCAACAAUAGCAACAGCAACAAAAAGGAAGAAAAAAAAAAACUGGGACUUUGUGGUCCUCUCGUUCUAGCCGAAGGCUGGUUCAUCUGUAAUUUCCCAUCCAAGAGCUGCUCCUCUUAUUGAGCAGCUUAAGGUUUCUGACGGUCCAACUCAAGUGAAUGAGUUCAACAGACUCUUACCUUCUUUUCCUAAAAAUAGUAUUUUUUCCCCAUUUAAACCCUCGAAGGUCGUGUUUUCCCGUUGUUAGCAGCUCGCUCACCGCCGUUUCGGACAUCUCGGCCCGCCGUCGCGCCGCCAUCAGACGGUCCCACCCGACCGCCGCCGUGUCCCGCGCCGCCGGGUCGGAUCAUUGGCGCACGUGUCAUCCUCCUUCGCACAUUAAAGAUAUAAAGGUUAGGGGAUAAGAUCGGGACCACCACGUGGCAUUCAAUAGUCUUCUCUGACCCUCCCUCGGCGCCUCUUUGGGCCAGAUUUGACUCGGGGAUCUCUAGUUCCUUUCUACAAGAUAAGCGGAUCGCUGCCGUCGCCGGUUUUGCCGACUGCCGCCGUGGAUGCGGCCUUUUUCUAGCAAAGGUCGGCGGCGACCAUAUCCACUGGCCUCAUCAAAGUCAACGGCUUAUCGAGUAUUAUCCGCUUGA